AUGAUCGACGGCAUUAAUAACAAAGGCAGAAAAUUACCGCAACGACGAUUAAGUUUUAUAUUAGUUGCUGAAUCCAAAAUCGAAGAAUACAUAAAAAUAAUCUAUAAAGAAGUAGCGUCAAAAACCACGCUAACACAACGACCACUCAAAGAUUUCUGGUCAUCCUACGCAAACUACCUGAAAACAACACAAAAUCUCGAUCAUUCACGAUCACAAAAUGAAUAUUGGGAUUGCAAAAAGAAUUUUUCAGAAUUUGUAAAGAAACAGGGACAUAAUAAAAAGGUUGGAUGGAAAGAAUUUCAACCACCAUUGCCGAGCACUGUUUCGUUCUUACAAACCAUGGCAAGAAAUCUGGUGGAAGAAAAAUUGGGACUACAUUCAUGUGGUCAUUUUGUAUUGUUAAUAGGACAAUUAGCAUUAAAUAUUACUUUUAUUACUCGACAAUCUAUUAAUUCUAUCAAUCCAAGUUCAAAUUUAGUUUCUGCAACUGGAUUAGGUCACCUGAUUGAAUUCGCUAUUCUCCUUGUUCAUUUUAUUCUGGCAUUUGUACACUUACUCGCAUUUAUUCUAUCUCAUUCAGUCUUAAACAAAGGAAUUGCGUUCCUGAACUUAGCAGUAGUAUUACAGAGCACUGCCAAUUUCUCAUUAUUUAAAUUUAUCCAUUACAUGAAUCCUUCUACGUUUAUCACGGAAUUUCAUGAUCCGCCGUUCAUAGACACUCUCACAGAUUUCGUGAAAUUUACACUAAACAAACCAGAAUGGGAACAAACGUAUCGAAUCACACACAAAAUCUUAUAUUCACUUUUAGCGCGUCCUUUAUUAAUUCUUCUUGGAUUAAUUGCAUUAUACGUGAAGUUACUCCAAGUAACGUCAUCACUAAUAUGGCUUCAGAGUCUCAACUUCACAAAUCAUGUAAUUAAUGAUUUAUUCCAAAACCCAAGUCACGUAUUAAGUUUCCUCGGACUAGCGAAUAAUAUUGCCGGUCUUUAUGGACUAGAUCCGGCAGACAAUCGGACAAUGUUUUUCGAUCAUGUUCGCAUACACGAAUACGAUUUCUUACAUGCGCUAUUAAGUGGCUUCAUGGGCGAUAAACGACAAUAUUGGAUCGGAUAUUGGAAUGUUUUACUUUAUUCGAUUGCAAUUGAAAAUCGAGAUUUAACUGAAGUUUUUUGGGAAGCUGUUUACGGAGAACCUGCGGAUUAUUAUGAAGAAGACAGAAAAAAAGGAGUGACAGAAGUUCAAUUUACUAAUAGUCCAGUUUCAAGUACUCCUGUUAUUACCGGUAGUCCAACUGAAAUUAUUCCUAAUAAUCAAGGAAAAAGAAAAACAAUAACAAAGGGAAGCUGGACUUCUGCGGAGGCAAAAAAUCAAAAUUGUAAUAUGAAUAAUAAUUCAAGGAGGCGGCGAAGAAAUUUAUUUCUACGAUUUUUUGAUUAUAGAGGAAACAAUUACAAUAAUAAAAGAAAAAGAGGUGUAAAUGAGGUUGUAUAA